AAAAUUCACUUUCACAUAAUUACUUUAGCGUUUAUUUAUUCUUUUGUGUUUGACUGUUACCUACUGUUUUAAUAUUUUGUUAAAAAAUAUAUAAUACAAUAAAUUCGUAGUUUUCUACAAUUAGAAAUGUCAUUUUUAUUUAACAUUAGUUUGGUAAAAUGUAUUAAACGAAUCAUGCCCAUCGUCAAGUAUAAAAAUAAUUUAUUUUACUGUAGAAACCAAACAAAAUUUUUUCACAAAACAGAACAGAGUAUGUUUACAGCAAUUAGAUAUAGUGCAUAUUUACCUUCUACAAUGAAACCCAUACUUUUCGGAUUUUCAUUACUUGGUUUACUUGGAUUUGACGAAGAAAUUGACGAGGAACUUAAAUUGAUCAAUACUAUUAAAAGAGGCUUAUUAUUUUUACAAGUAAAAUGUUGGCCCUACUACUAUUAAUAUUAUUAUUAUGAAUUUAACCAUGCUUAAUACUAUUUUGAGAUACAUAGUUGAUUCUUAUUAUUAUUAUUAUUCUGGUAACUAGGACAUUCAAUCAUAAUGGCCUAGAUUCUUGAAUUCUUGUGUGUAAUACCUAAUAUAGAUUAUAUUGCAACGUCACUUUUAGUUAAUUGAUUAUUGUGCAUAUGAUUAUAUUAACAAUAUUAUUGUUAAUUUAUCGAAAUCAUGGUUAAAAAUUAAUUAAGUAUUAUAUAAAAUUUGCCUUUUAUAGGUAUAAAUUUGCACACCACAUAAUACAUUUUAUUCUGUGAUGUUUCUAUAAUAAUACAUUGCAGCAAUUCACUACAGCUAUUCAAUAUUAAAUUCUAUAACUUUAUUGAUGGUUUUGUGUUUUUUAGAAAGAAGACUUUGAUGCUUUUGAACAAACAUUGCAUGAUGCCCUCAAGAUAGCUUACAAUUUACAACAUUUUGAUGGUCUGACUUAUGUGUUUGAUGUAUUAGCAAAUGGUGCAUUUAUGAAAAAAGAUUAUGUAAAUGCAGAAAAACUUUUUGUGACAGUCAUGCAAAGAUUAAUGACUAAAGGAGGCCAUGAAAAUGACCUUAAUAUUUUACAUAUAAGUCUUAAACUUGCAAAAAUUUACGAAGCACAAAAUAAUAUCAGGUAUUAUAAUAACGUACAUGUAUUUAUUGUAGAUUAGGGUGGCCCUUAUUAUUGAACUCUCGAGUUUUUGAUUUCUCAUCGUCUCAUUUUAGUUCAAUAGUAUAACAAAGUCAUUUUGGUUAAAUUUGGUUAUGAUUACUCACUCCCUUUGCGUGCGCUAAAAGGAUUAAAAAAUCACAAAAUAGGGUUGUUUUUUUCAUUUAUUGUGUAUAAUUAGAAAACUAUUUCACUUAUACUAAAAAUGUAUAUAACUUAAAUUAUAAAUCUUUAUAUUCUUAAUAUUAAACAUAGUUAACUGUUGAUGAUAGAACAAAAUAUCCUGUUUAAAAAUGAUGAAAAGUUGUAAUUUUUAAAUAAAAGUUAAUACGUAUAGAUUGUAUUGGAUUUAUUGUUCUUUUGUCACAGUUGGAUUUAAAUAAGAAAAUUUGAAGAACCUAAAAUUGCACUUAUCUAUCAUUAUGUCAACUCAAUAGUUUUAUUUAUUAUACACGUUUUUUAGAGAAUAAUAAAAUGGAUACAAGUGGAUUAUAAAUAAUAAUAUAAUUUUUUAAUUAUAAUCAAAUUUAUAUCUGGUAAUUAUUUAGGUGUAGUUAAUUGGAAAACAAAACAUUAGAGUAUUGUAUUGGAAUUAAAAAAAAAAAAAAAAUGUAGAAAUAAUAGGGAAAUUUUUAAUGAUAAUGAUUUUAUUAUUUUAAAUUUUUUUUUUUGUUGUAAUUUAGUUAAAAAUAUUUGUAUAGAUUUAUUUAAUUUUCAAAACUUUUGAACUAAUUAUAGACAUUAUUAUUUUGAGAGUUUUUAUGUAAUUUUUAUUUGUUAAGUACUCAGUGGAUAAAUUUGUUACACUAAACAGAAAUGUUUGAAAAUUUGACUUAGUAAAAGUGGUAAAAAAAAAAAAAAAACAUUGAGUGUAUUAUAAUUUUUUAUUAUAAAUUCUGAGUGAAAGAAAGAAGCUUAUAGUUUUACCAAGAUGUUUAUUAUUUUUCAUUUUCUGUGGAUAACUUUUCUACCAGCAAUUUUGCUCUUAGUUACAAUGAUAAUACUUUUUCUGAAAUGAAAUUUGACUAGGAAGUUAUUUUAAGAAGGCCAUUUUUUAAUUUUCCCAAGAGUUUUCCAAGCAAAUGGGAACACUAUAAAAUUGUCUUUAAAUUAUAAAACACCAUCAAUGUUAUCAUUUAUUAUAUUAUAUUAUAAUGGUUAGUUUGAUUUCUAAUUUAUUAUUAAUGUAAUGUUUACAGUAAAUGUGAAGUUGGCUAUAGAUACUGUAUUCAAAACCUAGAGGAACUAUUUCAUAAAAAUCCAGAAAAUGAAAAUGUUUUAGGUUUAUAUUCCUUAUCUUUGGAUGCCUAUGCUCGUUAUUUAUUGAAACAAGGACAUACAAAAGAAGCAUUUAACAAUUUUAAAAAAUCCUAUGAGAUGUGUGUGAAGUUGCACGGUGAAAUAUUUGAAAUGAAUGUUAUCUUGUUAAAUGAUCUGGGUACCUUGAGUUAUGGUCAAGGACAUGUAGAAGAAGCAUUACAAUUUUUAAAUAAAGCUGUACAAAUUGGGCAACACCUUCCUGACUUGGAAUCAUUCUCAUCAGUGUACAUAAAUCUUGGUAGCAUUUACAUUAAACAAGGAAUGUUAAAACAAGCAGAAACACAUUGCAUUGAAGGUAUGAAAAAUGCUAAAAGACAUCAUUAUGAAGAAGGCAAAAAAGAAGCAGCGCAUUGUCUACAAGAAAUUAAGAGUGUUAUGAUGUGAAUAACUGAUUACUUUAAGUGAACUUUUUUUUUCUUUUGUAGAUUCCUAAAAUUGAAAUUAUAUUGCUUAAUUAUAUUAGAAUCCUUUUUAUUGUAUUUUUUUAGUGAAUGUUAUUAAGAUUUGAAUGCUAUGCUAUUUGAUGUAUUUACUUAUUUACAUUUUAAAAUAAUAUACUCUUAUCAGUCCUAACAUAAUUUUAUGUGAACAAUAUUAAUCUUAAUUUUGAAUUUUUUUAUUUCAAAAUAUUACAGUUCUUUGUAUAUUACAUAAUAUUAACUUGUAUUAUUCACUAU